AUGAGAGAUAGCAUGUCCUGGAAGGCAGCCACGGGUGUGGCCUCCCUAGCCGGGCCACGUACCGGUCACCGGUCGAUUCGGGGCCACAUUUCUGGUCCGAUACCCGUCCCGGCUCCGGAGCGUACCGACGACGAGUUUCCCAUGCGAGAUCGCAGCGCUACUCUGGCCGCCCCGCGUCGUGGUAAUGACGGCGGCGCCAACGAUGCGACGCCUGACCCUCGCGAGCCCGACGGUGGCCUUCGGCAGCAACCACUCGACGCAGCUCUGGCCGACUCGUCCCGCACUGAAGCCCGGCGCUCUGACCACAAGCAGGACGACGCAACCUCCGCACCACCAAAGCAUAAAGCAGUCGCCCCCAAGACGGAUCCGGCCCUGGCUAGAGGAGCCAUAGACGGGCCGCAGCGCAGGAGGACGACGUUCAAGUCGGCCUUGAGCAAGCUGCUUGGUCGCAACAAGAAGAGCGGCCAUGCCCACAUGAGUCAGCCGCCCAUCAAGCCGGCUCUGGCCGAGUCCUUGACCCAACAUGGCCCAAGUGACCAAAUGUACCAAGAGCGGUCUCCAAAGUCUCCUGAGCAGAAACGGUACGCAUCCAUGCCCAUCACCGAAUACGAUCGCGCGUUGCGAUCCCACUCCAUCGGCCCAGAGGAUGUCUUGGCCAUCCAGAGCGCGCGCAACUCCCUCAACGCAGAAACGAGGCAGUCCGGGAAGAAGCCCGACGCCUCGGACGCGACGUUGGCGCACCCUGCCGCACCCCGCUGGACCGAGGCAAGGAGAUUUACAGGUCUCACUCCGCGCCCGGCUAGUUCCCACGACCGUCGCCCUCGCUUGGCUGAUUGGAGUGAGGAUCCCAAUGAGAUCGGCCGGGCCAUCACGAGCGAUAUCAAGGGCUUGAGGCGACGCUCGCGCAGCUUGUCUGCCUUCCCGACUACCGACGGCGCAUUCCUCGGCGUGUCGAGGCGCCGGAGCGACGAGAUUCGCCACUGGCGGGAGAGCUACGAACCAGCUACCGCCGACUCGCUCUCAUCUCCCGCCCACCAAGUCGACGACGCAGGACCUCUGGCCGUCGAUGAGCACGAGGCAACCGUUGUCGAAGAGGACCAGCCCAAGUCCCCUGCCCAGCCCUUUAUCUUUGGAGACGUGAGCUCCAUGAAGGAAGCGGCCGGCCUCAAGAUCACCGAGGCUGCCAGCUUGGGCUCACGAGUCAGCAUCCUCGAGAUGCGGAUGACUCGGUUGGAGCAGCUGGUCACCGAAGUGGCCAGGUCUCUGCCGGGAUCUGCUCCUCCCACCGAUUUCCACGCGCAAGCCGAUGGCGCCGAGCACCGAUCUUCUGCUGCAUCUACUGGACACGGCAAUCAACAGGGGACGAUUCCUACCCGCCCUUCGGAAGCACCCAAAGUGACUUUUGGUGGUGAUGCUCAAGCCUCUCCACGGUCAACGGUACUACUUUCGCAUUCGACAAACUCAAGCGCAAGCCGCCCGCUGUCAUUGGUCACAGUGCGCGGCGCAUUCGGCUCAUCUCUGCCACAGGAUGCAAGCGGAGCCGUCGCGACGGAUCACUACCUGACCCUGGUGAGUCUCUUGGAGACGGAGCGCUCCGCUCGGGAAGUGCUGGAGUCACAGGUCAGGAGACUGGGCCACCAGAUCAAUCUCGCGACCAAACUGGCAGGGUACGCCCGCCCUACGAUAGGCGAGGUUCCUUCCGCCGACAGCUCGCUGGGUGGCACGUCGGCGUUUGAUCACGACGACGAAGAGGAAGAGGGACGUUGGGCCGAAGGCAACGAAGAGCCUUCAAGCGCCAUCAUAGGGCUUGAGGGCAAGGCCAUGGUACCUCUCGACGAGGACGAGGAUGGGGACGCGGAGUCAUGCGUUACCCCCAAUGAAGACCACGACCACGACCUCUCGUCGAGCGACGACGAGAAAGACACUGCGUUGAGGACCGCGGCUCGAGCACUUUCCCUCUCGCGCCUCACCCUGGGCAGCAGUUUACAGCAUCCGAUGCAUCAAGCCGCGCCGCAAGCAAUCUGA